AUGGCUCCUCAGACGGCCGCGUCGGCAGUCGACAGGCCAGAUGCCAUGAACUCCUUCUCCACCGAGGAUGACCUGGACAAGGUGUGGGCGGAGAUUAUUAUACGAUGCAGCAAGAUCACAAAAUGGGAUCUGAACGACAAAAAAGUCAUGACCGUGGAUGAUGUUCUACUCAAGCUCAAGCCGCCGAAGGAUGGCAAGCCGGACGUCAAGGACAAAGCCAAGAAGGUCUUCAGGAAUACGCUGGUCUGUGUGCAGAGGUUUGGAGCAUUCGCAGCUCAGGCCGCGAGUAUGGUAUUUGGUCCAUCACAGCAGUGCUUCAACGCGAUCACGUUUGUCAUUACUGCAGUUGAAGACUACGAUGCCGUCUUCAACAACAUCACAACCCUUAUGGAGCGGGUCUCAACCUUUCUGGAAAGGCUGAGGAUAUUCCUGGACGAUGCGGAAGCAGAUGUUAAACUGGACAAGCGGCUUCGAGUGGCUGUGUAUCGGGUUCUGGAGCACUUCUUGACCAUCAUGGGCUUGGCACAUCGAUUGACCCAUGGAUGGAAAGGAAAGUUGAAACUGGCUGCCAAGAUCGGGGCAUUCGGCGAGGACGAUGGUGUGAAAGAUGCCAUGGCGAGGCUGGAGACCCUGAUCUCGACUGAGACGGAUAUGGAAAUAUCGGUCAUUGCCAAGGAUAUGAGCGACGCCGCGAAGAACAUUCGCGGAAUGGACAAGAAGUUGGACCAGAUUGCCGAUGCUCAGGAAAAGACAAACCAAACGCUUGGCCAUUUGGAAACGGCUGAGCAACGUCGGACCGCAGAUGAGGAGGAAAAGAAACGUCUGAACGAUAUUCGAGAGGCCUUGAAUAUCGACAUGACCAAACGGCCUUGGAUCGACAAGCAGGACGAGCUUUGGGGCAAACACAUCGAUGGAACCGGGAACUGGCUUUUGAAGUUUCGCUAUCCUUCAUUUCCGCGUUGGUCAGACCCAAAGGAACCUGACACGAACGUCCUGAGCAUCAAAGCAGAUGAAGGCUUUGGGAAAAGCCAUCUCUGCAGCAUAGCAGUCAACCACCUCCAGGAGAAGCAUCGUGAUGAUGCACGAGUUGGGGUCGCGUACUACUACUUCCAGCGAGAUGUCCAGGACAAAACCCCGAUCAACAAGGCCAUAAAAGCGAUCAUUUACCAGCUUGCUUCGGCUUCUACGUCAUUGGCAAGAGACUACGCCAAGCUGAUACACAAGGCUUGCGACAGGAAGAUGGACUUUGGGAAGACGGUCGAUCUCUGGAAACGCUUGGUCACAGAUAUCGCUCUGGAGGGUACAUUCUUCAUACUUCUCGACGGGUUCGAUGAAGGCGAAAAGGAGACUGGGAAACCAUUGGCUGACAUCAUUGGUCAGAUCAUGUCCGCUGAGGAGGGAUCAAUGCUCAAAAUCCGUUUGUUCAUUACCGGCAGACCUGCUGGUCUUGAUAGUCUAGCAGACGAUGUUGAAAGUGCCAUCCCAGAGAUCAGAAUUGCUCCUCCCCAAGGCGAGCAGUCAUCUUUGAACGAGGAAGAUAUCAUGUUGUACGCUGAAGAGCGUCUCGACGACAUGGACAUCUUUAAGGACGACGACGAUGAAGUUGCGGAAUUGAAAGAGCGGGCCAAGACCGAGCUUGGUGAAGGUGUCCAAGGCGACUACUUCGCACUGGACUAUAAGCUCGAUUCAAUCAGUCGAAGUCGAAAUUCCCGAGAAGUACAGGAGAUCUUGAAGCUCGCCAAAGAGAGCAGGACGCAGGCUAUUGCACGGAAGAUCGACCAGCUUAAUGAGACCUUGCGUGAAGAUGAGGUUCGGGAAGUCAACAAACUGCUAACUUGGGAAACCGUGUGCUUCGUUGAUCUCUCAGUUGAUCAGUAUGAAGCGGUAUUGAAACUUGAGGCAGAUACACGGUCACUCAUAUCCCUGGAGAAACAGAUCCGUGAUCGGUACUUUUCGCUGUUCGACAUCUCCGAGUCCAAGAACGUCACGCUCAAAUCUGAUGGAAUUCGAGAUUAUUUGAGGGAGAAAGAAGAGGCUGCCAACCCACGAGAGAAUGGAAGCCAUCGUCCGGACGCAGCGUUACAAGAAGGCGAAGUCGCACUCGUUAAGAGGAUACUCAAGACCCAUUUCUCCAACACAUUUGGAGGGGAUGACAUGUAUGAGAAGUUCGCGUUUGACGGGUUCUUCGAGUCAAAGAUAGGGGACCAAGCCGCUCGCAUUCGAUUACUUGGAGACGGCGAGAACCACGUCAGGGUCGCACAAGCAUGUUUGGUCGCAGCCUGCGAUCACUUUGAAGAAGAGCUCUACGAGGAUUUACACCCAUACGCAUGGGAGUGGUUCGCGGAUCACCUUGCUCGUGUGGAAAUCGAAGAAGUGGACACGCCAACCAAGCAGGACAUCGGUCGCAAGCUCGUCCGCAUCCUGCGCGAAGAUUCCUUGAUCGAUGUGUGGUGGAACGAAGAUCGGAUCAUGAUGCGUUUGUUCUGGGUAUACAAAACGUUCUGCUCGCGAGCGGUAUACGACUGGCUAAAGGAUCCUGUUGUUCAAAAGGGUCUUUCUGAUAUGCCUUCUGAGCGUCAAUGGGUUGUCGCUACCACAGCUGAAGAUGGGCCGCCCGUGAAGAUUCUGGAGAACGUGGCCAAGCGACUAGCACAGCACUGGUAUGCUCAAAACACAGGAAUGUGGUUUGGGGCAUUUUCUUUCCUUCAGGGGUACCUGAGUCACCUUCGCGAUGAAGAGCCAGAAGAGAUUGACGCCACUGCGAAAGAGACCCGGUUGAUUGAAGAGUGGGCAAGGACAGUGAUACCUGGCGGCGAAGAGGGCAAAUGGCAUCAUUGCCUCGCCGCAACAUACUUCGAAAUCAACUGCUUCAAAGAAUCUGUUACGAGAUUCAAAGCCGCCCUGGAAGCCAGUCCUAAUGAUUGGAGGGUAAGUAAUGGGUUGGCGCAGGCUCUUGCAGAAAAUGAUCAGCACGAAGAAGCAGUGAAGACCCUCGAGAAGCUCAUUGAAGACAACCAGGCUCUCAUCAGUACAGAUGAUGAUUUCAAAGAAGAGUACUGGGAUUCCAUGCUGCACUCAAUCGGCGUCUGGAACAUUCAGAUGAAGGACUUCGCUGCUGCUGAGCUAACGUACAAGAAGUUGCUGGCCGAAGGAAUGGCCAAGGAGACGUUCGAGACGUUCGCGAAGAAAGCUGUUCUACUCAUGACGCUGGCCCUCAAUAGACAAUCUAAGCACCGCGAAACAAUGGACCUGCUUGCAAGCCUGGAGCAACGCCCGGAUCCAGAAGCUGGAGACUGGCUAUCUGCCUUGUUUCACUUCUACGCUGGUCUUGAUCAACUACAUGACCGGGUCUUCGAAGCAGCGUACAAUUCUGACCAGCUAAGCACAGUCGUCGAGAAGUAUCGCUUGGCCGUGGACAAAUUGCGUUCAGAUAAGACGAAAUUCGGGACUUACCUACACCUGCGACACUGGCUGGCAGCGUCGAUGUGGUCGCACGAAAGUCGCGAAGAACAGGAAGCAGCGUUGGACAUGUGGGAAGAGAUUAUGAACAUGGAGCUUCCAGACGGCUCAGAUGAGGACUACAUGAUUUCUUGGGCUCGUUCAUCGACGGCACCCCAAUUCGCCGUGGCUCUCCUCGAUUCAGCGAAACAAGCUGGUCUUACCACGCCCUUGAGUCCAGCUGCUGAACAAUAUGCGACUCGUCUCGAAAAGUUGACGCAUGGGGACCCAGACUAUGUGCGUGGGUCAUACGACGACGUUCGGAUAAGUCUUGCUCGGCUGCAUCAUCUUGCUGGUGAUGAACAGAGGGCGAAGGGUAUCGUUCGGGAGAUUUUGAAGACUGGUCUUCAGCUGUCCGCUGAACAGACGAUGGACAGCCUGAAAGACGGCUUGUAUCGUGUCGCAGUGGUGCUGCAGGCCAUGGAUGAUGAUGCCAAUGCUGUCGCGGCAUGGCGUAGCUUUACGCCUAAGAAACCCAGUGCAGGUGAUGACGAAGAUAGUCAGGGUGACGAUGGCGAAAAUGGGGCCGAUGAGGAAGUCGACAAGAAGAGUGAUCAAUCCAAUGGGAAGGCUGUCGACGGCUUUCAGAAGCCUGACGCUGAAGCAGACCAGGCCGUUGCAGGCGCCGAGAGAGACGACGGUGACAGCAACGAAGGCCCCAACCCUGUUGAAACCAAAGACGAGCAGCACUCUGAUGAACCGGAGGUCGAACAAGCAAGUGGCGAAACGACUGAAGAUGAUUCCAAGCCGCCAGACGCGAAGGAAGAGGGAGACCCACUCGCCGGUGUCCUCGGAAGCCACUGCGACGGCCACUGCGGCGUUGAAUGGACCUAUGUCGAUAACAUUUACUCGUGCAAAGACUGCCUCGACGUCCAGCUCGAACCCAACUGCUACGCCAAACUCCAAAACGGAACCCUCGAUCCCAAAGUCUGCAGCAAGAACCACUCUCACAUCUACAUCCCGCCUUUCGACCGGCAGAAGUGGGAGGAGCUUGGGGAUGACGAGAUGUGGGUGGGAGAGGGUGUUGUGAAGAUCAAGGAUUGGAUUGAGGAGAUCAAGAGACAGUGGGGGAUCGAUGAGCAGAGUCUUAGGGCGAAGGAGAGGUUUACCAAGGCGAUUACGAAGAUUCAGAAGGCUUGGAAGUUUUAUAAGGUUGCUGGGAAGGUGUGA